AUGGCUACUUCGACUGCUGUUGCCGCGACCUACUUUUUUGGGACCCGUCGUCAAAGCACAAAAAACCCAGGAAAAAUUCAAGCCCGGUUUGGAUUUGGAAUCAAGAAAUCGUCCCCUCCGCCGAAAAAAUCCACCCCAAAACCAAUAGAAGAUCGACUUGUAUGGUUCCCUGGUGCAACCCCUCCUAAAUGGCUCGAUGGAACCCUUGUUGGAGACCGUGGUUUUGACCCAUUCGGGCUUGCUAAGCCGGCAGAGUACUUGCAAUUUGAUUUGGAUUCAUUGGACCAGAACUUGGCAAAGAAUGAGGCCGGUGAUGUUAUUGGAGUCCGGGUAGAGGCUACGGAAGUGAAACCAACACCCUUCCAGCCUUACAAUGAGGUUUUUGGGCUGCAGAGGUUUAGAGAAUGCGAACUUAUUCAUGGAAGGUGGGCAAUGUUAGGUACUCUUGGUGCUAUUGCUGUCGAAGCUCUCACUGGUGUUGCAUGGCAAGAUGCAGGGAAGGUGGAGCUCAUAGAGGGGUCAUCCUACCUUGGCCAGCCACUUCCUUUCUCCUUGACCACAUUGAUAUGGAUUGAGGUGAUAGUAAUUGGGUACAUUGAGUUCCAAAGAAACGCCGAACUUGACCCAGAGAAAAGGCUAUACCCCGGUGGUUACUUUGAUCCGCUUGGCUUAGCAUCUGAUCCUGAAAAGAAAGAGAACCUUCAAUUGGCAGAGAUUAAGCAUGCUAGGCUAGCUAUGGUGGCCUUCCUUAUAUUUGGUAUUCAAGCUGCUCUAACCGGAAAAGGUCCCAUUAGCUUCGUGGCUACCUUCAACAACUGA